AUGGGGGGGCCCCCAAGGCCUCUCGCCGCAGCCCCAGUCCAGCUGUCUCCAAGGGCAGCAGCGGCCGCAGGAGCGGCAGCAGGGCCCGCAGCUUCAGCCCUGCACCUGCAGCAGCAGCAGCAGCAGCAGCAGCAGCAGACGGCUCCCCUAGAGCUGGCAGCAGAAGCAUGUCUCCCCGCAGCAGCAGAGCUGCAAGCCCAAGCCCCAAGAGAGAGAUCCGCCGCAGCAGCAGCAGCCACCGCCGCAGCAGCAGCAACCGCAGCAGCAGGAAAGUGUCUCCUGAGAGACGCAGCAGCAGCAAGUCCCCCUCUGCGCGCAGCAGGGGCAGCAGCAAGCACUCGGUGCGCAGCAGCAACAGAAGCCGCAGCAACAGCCCAGAUGCCGAAGACAGCAGCAGCAAGAGGGCUGCAGCCAGCGACAGAGACCGCAGCAGCAGCAGCAGGAGAGAAGAGAGUAGGGCCAGCAGCAAGGCCCCUAGUGUUGCUGCCAGCAACAGAAGCCGCAGCAGAAGCAGAAGCGGAUCUAUCCGCAGCAACAGAAGCAGCAGCAGCAAAAGAAGCAACAGCAACGCCAGCAACAGCAACAGAAGCAGCAGCAGCAGGCGCCAGAGCGGCAGCCCAGCAGCAGCCAGCAACCGCAGCAGAAGCCAGGGCUCAGAUGCUGCUGCUGCUGCAGCAACCAGCAGGAGCCCCAGCGGCAGCAACAAAAGCAGAAGCAGCAGCAGCAAACGCACUGACAACCGCAGCAGAAGCCGCAGCCGCAGCCGCAGCGGCAGCAACAGGAGCAGCAACAGGAGCAGCAGAAGCAGACACAGCAACAAAGGCAGCAGCAGGAGCCGCAGCGGCAGCCCGCAGGCCAGUCCAAAGGCCAGCAGCAGCAGAAGCAGAAGCCCCAGCGCUAGCAGCAACAAAAGCAGGAGGAGCCCCAGCAGCAGCAGCAACAAAAGCCGCAGCAGCAGCAAAGCAGCCAGCAGCAGGAGCCCCAGCGCCGGCAGCAACAGAAGCAGGAGCCCUAGUGCUGGCAGCAACAAAAGCAGGAGCCCCAGCAGCAGCAGCAACAAGAACAGGAGGAGCCCCAGCGGCAGCAAUGCAGGCAGCAGAAGCCCCAGCAGCAGCAGCAACAAAAGCAGGAGCCGCAGCGGCAGCAAGGAGGGCAGCAGGAGCCCGAGCGCCGGCAGCAACAGAAGCAGAAGCCCCAGCAGCAGCAGCAACAAAAGCAAGAGGAGCAGCAGCGCUGGCAGCAACAGGAGCGGCAGCAGCAGCAAGGCAGCCAGCAGCAGGAGCCCCAGCGGCAGCAGCAACAGAAGCAGAAGCCCUAGUGCUGGCAGCAACAAAAGCAGGAGUCCUAGCGGCAGCAACAGAAGCAGAAGCCCCAGCAACAGCAGCAACAAAAACAGAAGCCGCAGCAGCAGCAGCAACAAAAGCAAAAGCCCAAGCGGCAGCAAGGCGGGCAGCAGAAGCCCCAGCGCCGGCAGCAACAGAAGCAGAAGCCCCAGCAGCAGCAGCAACAAGAGCCGCAGCAGCAGCAGAAGCAAGAGCCCAAGCGCCAGCAGCAACAAAAGCAGAAGCCCUAGCGGGGACCGCAGCAACAAAAGCAAGAGCCGCAGCAGCAGCAGCAAGCGCAGCAACAGCCCCAGCAGCAGCAAGGCGGGCAGCAGAAGCCCCAGCGCCGGCAGCAACAGAAGCAGAAGCCCAAGCAGAGAAGGCAGCAACAAAAGCAGGAGCCGCAGCGGCAGCAACAGCAGCAGCAGCAGCAAGAGAAGCGGCAGCAACAACAGCAGAAGCCCCAGUGGCAGCAAAGCCGGCAGCAGAAGCCCCAGCAACAGCAGCAACAAAAGCAAGAGCCCCAGCAGCAGCAGCAACAAAAGCAAAAGCCCCAGCAGCAGCAGCAACAAAAGCAGGAGCCGCAGCAAAAGCAGGAGCCCAAGUGCCAGCAGCAAGAGAAGCAAAAGCCCUAGCGGCAGCAGAAGCAGAAGCGGCAGCAACAGCAACAGAAGCAGAAGCGGCAGCAAGCACAGCAGCAGCAGCAGCAGGAGCCCCAGCAACAGCAGCAACAGAAGCAGAAGCCCCAGUGGAGAAGGCAGCAACAAAAGCAAGAGCCGCAGCAGCAGCAGCAACAAAAGCAGAAGCAGCAGCAGCAAAAGGAGCCCGAGCGCCGGCAGCAACAGAAGCAGAAGCCCCAGCAGAGAUGGCAGCAACAAAAGCCGCAGCAGCAGCAGCAGCAGAAGCAAAAGCCCAAGCAAGAGCAGCAACAAAAGCAGAAGCCGCAGCGGCAGCAGCAACAGCAACAGAAGCAGAAGCCCCAGCAGCAGCAGCAACAAAAGCAAAAGCCCAAGCGGCAGCAAGGCGGGCAGCAGAAGCCCCAGUGCCGGCAGCAACAGAAGCAGAAGCCCUAGCGCUAGCAGCAACAAAAGCAGGAGCCGCAGCGGCAGCAGCAACAAAAGCAGAAGCAGCAGCAGCAGCAGCAAACGCCGCAGCAGCAGCCCCAGGGAUAGCGGCUC